AUGACAAGGAAUCCUCAAGAUCAGCCACUCGAAGGCGGGACUUGUUCAUCUAAUAACGGGAUAGCCGUGGAUAACUACAUCCAGACGAGUGCGGGGAUAGCUUCUGGAAAUAAUCUAGACGCUGAAAACCAAACAACAAACUCAACUGAUGGUGAACAAAAUUUACAAUCAAGCGACGGCAACAAAGAAACUUCUGCAAAGAAUGAAUUAAAUAACGAGAGCAACAAGUGCGAAGAAAUUGAGUAUAAUGACGUUGGUAGUAAAAAUGGCAGUAAAUCCGAUGAAGACGACGAUCAGUGCCAGCAUCAAUUGCGAAAUUUCGAGCAGGAUACCGGAUAUAUGGAUUCGUAUGAUCUGUCUCGUGGCACUUCCAAUGCUGUCAACCAUCUUGACUGCUCAAGUAACAAUGUUGAUCAAAUGAAAUUGUUGGACAAUUGUAAAGGAAAUUUGCAGUUAGAUAAAAUAUCUUCUCCCCUCAAGAAUAAAGAAAAUCUUAACUCUAGUUCUCCAUUUUCAUUACGGCUGGACGAAAAUUGGUCUCAGAAAGACAGUGAGCUACUGGAGAAUAUUGUGUUAAGAUAUGAGCUGCACAAAUGGAAAUAUAUUCAAGCAGCCUUCUAUAAUUAUACAGGUCGGAUGAUCGAUGCCGAGAUUAUACAAAGUUAUUACAAUGACAUUUCCAAUUAA